GCCAACAAUACACACCCUGCGCUGCCCUGCCCUCCGCACGCAUCCAACAUACCUACGUCGUCGACUCGCCAAAGCCCAGUGCGUACGCCGCACAAAGAGGCAGCCGAUCGAGAGAGAGCCGUGUCGUGCCGUGCCGUGCUGGUACGGGCCGGGGAGGGAGGCGAGCGAGUGCGUGCAUAAGCAGCGCAUCGAUCAUGCCGAGCGCGCCGGGGAGCGGCUUCUCCGGGUCGGUCAGCCUCAAGUACGUGAAGCUGGGCUACCAGUACCUGGUGAACCACUUCCUCACCAUCCUCCUCCUCCCCGUCAUGGCCGCCGCCGCGCUCGAGCUCGUCCGCCUCGGCCCCGACGAGCUGCUCUCCCUCUGGCGCUCCCUCCACUUCGACCUCGUCCACAUCCUCUGCUCCGCCUUCCUCCUCGUCUUCGUCGCCACCGUCUACUUCAUGUCCCGCCCGCGCCCCGUCUACCUCGUCGACUACUGCUGCUACAAGCCCUCCCCGAGCUUCCGGGUCCCCUUCACCACCUUCAUGGAGCACAUCAAGCUCAUCAGCAACAACGAGAAGAGCCUCAAGUUCCAGACCCGCAUCCUCGAGCGCUCGGGGCUCGGCGAGGAGACCUGCCUCCCGCCCGCCAACCACUACAUCCCGCCCAGCCCCAGCAUGGAGGCCGCGCGCGCCGAGGCGCAGCUCGUCAUCUUCAACGCCAUCGACGACCUCGUCCUCCGCACCGGCCUCAAGCCCAAGGACAUCGACAUCCUCGUCGUCAACUGCAGCCUCUUCUCUCCCACGCCCUCCCUCUCCGCCAUGAUCAUCAACAGGUACAAGCUACGCAGCAACAUCCGCAGCUUCAACCUCUCCGGCAUGGGAUGCAGCGCGGGGCUCAUCUCCAUCGACCUCGCCCGUGACAUGCUACAGGUGCACCCCAACUCGAACGCGCUGGUCAUCUCCACGGAGAUCAUCACCCCAAACUUCUACCACGGCAGCCGCCGCGACAUGCUGCUGCCCAACUGCCUCUUCCGGAUGGGCGCGGCGGCGAUCCUGCUCUCCAACCGCCGCCGCGAGUCCUCCCGCGCCAAGUACCGUCUGAUGCACGUCGUCCGCACCCACAAGGGCGCCGACGACCGGGCCUACCGGUGCGUGUACGAGGAGGAGGACGACGAGGGCCACUCGGGCAUCUCGCUCUCCAAGGAGCUCAUGGCCAUCGCCGGCGAGGCGCUCAAGUCCAACAUCACCACCAUGGGCCCGCUGGUGCUGCCCAUGUCGGAGCAGCUGCUCUUCUUCUUCCGCCUCGUGGGGCGCAAGGUCAUCAACAAGCGCUGGAAGCCCUACAUCCCGGACUUCAAGCUCGCCUUCGACCACUUCUGCAUCCACGCCGGGGGGCGAGCCGUCAUCGACGAGCUGCAGAAGAACCUCGACCUGUCGGCGCGCCACGUGGAGGCGUCGCGCAUGACGCUGCACCGCUUCGGGAACACCUCCAGCAGCUCGCUCUGGUACGAGCUCGCCUACAUCGAGGGCAAGGGACGGAUGCGCAAGGGGGACCGCGUCUGGCAGAUCGGAUUCGGCUCCGGGUUCAAGUGCAACAGCGCCGUCUGGAAGUGCCUCCGCACCGUCAAGACACCCACCGACGGGCCGUGGGACGACUGCAUCCACCGCUACCCAGUACACAUCCCGGAGGUCGUCAAGCUGUGAAAUUGAUCUCAGCUCGCCGCCGGCCGGCGCACCCUGCAUGUACGUGUCCGGCCCCCAAAUUUGGAGCUUUGUGGGGGUGCUAGCUGUUCUUUCUCUUCCCUCCUCUCCUCUCCUCUGUCCAUUCUUCUUCUUUUUUUUUCUUUGAAUUUCUUUUUCUCUUCGCGCUAUAAGUUAAAUUAAAAGGGGGGAUUAAAUCAAUACACUCGUGGGAUUCGUCACACAAGGACGAGCAGAGACCAUUUACAGGAGAUUUAAUUAGCUACCUAUGUUUAUAUUUAUAUUGGAGACAGACGUUAACGUGGGCUUACGUGGUUGUUAAAUUGUUCCUGCCACCAAUUCCACGGGAACUUGUAAUCCAUAAUUGUAACCGGAGUGAAAGGGAUAUAUUGCAUGCUCAUGAUAGGCACUGGCCGGAUGAGUCCUGCAUUGCCUGUCAAUUAAAUUCCU